AUGCCGGAAUGCCAACUGGGCGCGUUAGGCAACAGACAUCGCCAUGAUGGUAAUGCGCACUUUCACCGGGGGGAGUAUCGACGUGCAAUCCAUUGUUAUAACAUGGCCAUCAAGUGCUAUCCAUCGGAACGGCUUCAUCGUCACCCGGGUUAUUCAAGCUCAUUGGCCAACAGGGCAUCGGCAUACAUGUCGAUAGGCCAAUUCCAUUCUGCGGCAAACGAUCUGGAGGAAGCAAUCGGAGCAAUCGACCCUGACGGGUUCGUCACCAUCACUCAAGACACCCGAGCGACCUUGAUCAAGUAUGUCUUGCGUCUUGUGCGCUGCUAUCUGGCUCUACUAGAUGGCCCGCAUGCCACCUCUAAACUCGAAAUCAUCCAGCGCCUCGACGAUUCAGGCGUCCACUCCCCUCCACCUAAUGGUCCGCAGCGCAGUGAAUACACGCGCACCAAGUUCUUGACCGGACUCGAAAAAAGAAUCAACAGUGCUCGCUCGAAUGAACUCUGGCAGGAAGCCUUAGAUAUCAUUCAGCUACUAGAACAGGAAAUCGUUGGAUGGGGAUUCCAAUUCAACCUCGCUUGUCUUCCCGGUUUGUGGACCUGCUGGAAGGCAGAAUCACUAGCUCGUCUGGGGAAACCUGUCGAGGCUGACGAAGUACUGGCCCACUUGAUUGCGUGUCCCUCUAUGGAAAUCGAGUUUAAGUUGACUAAAGCUUGGGUUGCUGUGGCGCGAGCUGACCUGCGUGGAGCCCAAGAUAUGCUUUCGGAAGUUUGGACUCGUGUUCCUUCAGAUACUCCAUCAGCAUGUCGUUUGUCAAGCUUUUUAAAACCAUUAGAGUCUGCACUGAGCAAACUCAAAAGCACUUGUUCUCAGUCAGGCUGCCAUUCAGCCCUAGAACAGGCCAGGGAAUUACUCACGAGGCUCAACGAGCCUAUUCUGACUACCAUCCGUAUAAGGGUCGAAGUCAUGAGGUGUGAAAUACUAACAAUGCUGUGCUUGAGGGAUCCCUCGGACUCAGGACGGUUUCAGUUGUGCCAUCAAAUCAUAAAACACAACAGGCUCUUGCACAAGCGCUUGAACUUUACCGACUCCAAGUCAGUAGUGUACGAGCCCCACCGGGUCUAUCUGGUUAGAUCCUUACUCGCUCAGGCCUACUCGAUGAAGAAAUGCCUUCAUGACGAUUGGAGAUCCACCUUCAUAACCAUCUCUGAUCUGAUCCGCUUGUGGCCGGACUUGGACAUCCCUGGCAAACAAACACUCCUGGAAUGUGGAACUCUUCUUCACUUAUGCCCCGACAUCAAUCUUUCUCAAUCCUCCAGUUCGCCCUUCAACAACUCCCACCCUCAUUCUUCCCAGACCCCUUCAUCUGGAACAGCCAACAACUUUAACCAACCAACUGCAGAUUUGUCGGACCCAAAAGGCUACUACCGGACUCUGGGACUUCAAAGAAGUGCUUCAAUGUCCGAAAUCAAGAGCGCUUUCCGGAAAUUAAGUCUAAUUCAUCAUCCUGAUAAAGGAGGCCGCACCAACUUAUUCCAAGCCAUCAGCCUGGCUCAUUCGGUUCUUUCUGAUCCGGAAUCGAAAUUAAAGUACGAUCAAACUGGUCGAUAA